GUUUCAGCCAUAAUUCAUAUGGCGGCGUAAAAAAUCUACUGCAGUGUUGAUUGACUGUUGAAGCUAUAGUGGUAAACAUGGCGUUAGCUGAAGUGUGUGGUUUGAACUCUUUUGUAAACUUCAAUAAUUCUAUAGAAGAUGAAUUUCAUCAAGACCUCGAAUAUGAAAAUUUCACAAAUAAUACUGCUUUGGCGAUGCCACCAUUUAGCAAUCCGGCGGGUUUUCUUGGUCAAUUAGCUAAAGGAACAGAUGAAACUGGUAAACAUAUGAAAAUUCAAUUUGACCAUGGAACUACAACACUAGGUUUUAUGUAUCAAGGAGGUAUUGUACUUUCUGUAGAUUCUCGAGCUACAGGAGGACAAUUCAUUGGUUCACAAGUGAUGAAAAAAAUUGUUGAAAUCAAUGAUUACCUGUUAGGAACAUUGGCUGGCGGUGCAGCUGACUGUGUAUAUUGGGAUAGAGUAUUAGCUAAACAAUGUCGCAUGUAUGAAUUACGCAAUAGAAAUCGUAUAUCAGUUGCUGCAGCAAGUAAAUUAAUGUCAAAUAUGGUUUACAAUUACAAAGGAAUGGGUCUUAGUAUUGGUAUGAUGAUUGCUGGAUGGGAUAAAAGAGGACCAGGAUUGUAUUAUGUUGAUUCUGAAGGUACUCGCACACCUGGCAAAGUGUUCAGUGUUGGUUCAGGUUCAGUUUAUGCCUAUGGUGUAUUAGAUUCUGGAUAUCGCUGGGAUCUAACUGACGAAGAAGCGUAUGAACUUGGUAGAAGAGCUAUUUAUCAUGCAACACAUAGAGAUGCUUAUUCUGGUGGUAUUGUCAGAGUUUAUCACAUGAAAUCAACUGGAUGGGUACACAUCACCGAUCAAGAUUGCAAGGAUUUACAUUAUGCAUAUGCAGAAGAGAAGAAAGUUGAUAACUAAAUUCUCAUAAUCACUGAUUUUUUUAUUCAAUAAUAAAAUUACU